CGGCAGGAGACACGAAUGUGCCCGGGAGCCUGCCACCAGCUCCCCGCCGGCGGGGACAGGAACGCCGGCAGGACGAGCUGCAGGAAGACACCUGCAGGCAGCGAGGUGUCCUCCGGCCGCAGGCAGGGCAGGACCGGGCACGGGAGGGAGCUGGGCACCCCAGCCCUGGAUUUGGCAGCGGUUGGAGGAAACAGCCGUGGGGCAAGGUUGCUCACCAUGAGCGUGGCUGUCCUCCUCCUCCUCCUGGGGCUGGGGUUUGCGGAGGCAGAUGGCAGGUGUCACUUCAACCGCACUCAGGAGUACUGUGUGUGCUACCACCUCUCCCAGGAAACCAUAGGCAGCAUCAUCCAGUGCCUCGCAGCCUCCGUCGUGGAGUUUCGGGGAGGAGAGCUGGAGAAAUACGUAGCCUUCCCCAUCAGUGACCUGGACCCCUCUGCCAUUGAAAUGCUGGACUCCCUUGUCAUCAGAAAAAUAAUUUUGGGGGAUCUCCUGGUGCCUGAGAUACUCCUCGCCCGAGUCCUGAAGUUCUUCUCCUACACUAAGGUGGAGGAGCUGGUGUUUGAAAGCUGCAUUUUCGAGGGGAGAGGCAACUGGGAGGAAAUGGCCAACCAGGACUUGCCCAUAUUGUCCCUGCGUUUCCACAAUGUGACGUCUGCCCCGCUGACGGGCCGCCAGCAGGACUUCUCCCACCUGAGCGGCUGGCUGGGGACCCUGCAGGAGCUGGCUGUCACUGCCUCCCGUGUCACCAGCCUGCCCUGUGGCAUCGGAAAGAUGUUUGGAGCUCUGCGCUCCCUGGAUGUGGCGCAAAACAGCCUUGGGGAUGAGAGCUUGGUGUCCGCCUUCUGCAGCGGGGCUUUCCCUCAGCUCCAGGUGCUGAGUCUGCGACACAACCACCUGAGAUCCUACCACAGCCUGUGUGAGAGCGUGCAGCUGCUGCACGGGCUUCAGCACCUAGAUCUCAGCCAGAACAAGCUCACGGCAGACCCAUCCUCCUCCUGCCAGUGGCCGGCGUCCCUCCGAAUUUUUAACUUGUCCGACACUGGCUUGGAUGAAGUCUUCGCACCCCUGCCUCCCGGUCUAGAAGUGCUGGACGUGAGCUGCAACCACCUCCACGCCGUAGACAUCUCCCUCCACUCCCUGAAGAAGCUCUUCCUGAACCAAAACAUGCUGCGGGCUGUCCCCUCCAUCAGGAAUUACCCCGUGUUGGACACCCUCCACCUGGACAACAACCAGAUGACAGAGCUGCUGUGGGACGAGGUGAAGCACCUGCAGGACGUGUCCGCAGCUGGUAACCCCUUCAACUGCUCCUGCUCCGGGGCCAGGGGGCUCCAGGCGCUGGCGGCCACGGGGCACCUUGGGCAGGGCUGGCCCCAAGACUACACGUGUCACUCGCCCCCUGACUACCAGGGCAGGCUGGUGGAGGAGGUGCCGGUCUCGGUGCUGCGGUGUAACAGCGCCGCGGUGAUUGCCCCCAUCUGCGUUGCCCUGGCCCUGCUCGGGGUGGCCGGGGCAGUCUGGCUGGUCAGGUCCAGGCCCGGGCUGCUCCGUCCCUGCUGCAGGGUGUGAAGGGGACGUGUGACCCUUCCCACCAGCGCUUCCCCGCAGGGGAGCAGCCCCAGGAGCUCCCCGGGAAGAUUCACAGGACCCCCAAGUGCUGGUGAGGGGCUCACUCGAUGUCCCCAGUCCCAGUUGAGCAGGACUGUCCCAAGCAUUUAUCCCACAGUGGCUGUGGCUUUGCCCAUCCAAUUUUGGGGGAGACCCACAAGCAAAGCCCCUCUCCUUGCUCUGCCCCCAGGGCUGCACCCUCCAGAGGGGCUUUCCUUAUGGCCAACCCCAACUCCCCCAGCCCCAAUACGCACUCAUUGCCCCAUGGGGUCAUCUCCCCUGAACAAGAGGAGUUCAGCUCCGUCUGCACCGCUGCGGGCGGCGCUCAGAUGUCCCAAGCCUCAUUGGGGUCUGGUGGUCCCCCCCCUCCAGGGCCCCACCACCAUCUUGUAGCCCUGUUGCCCCCCAGCACAUGGCCCCUCUGCUGAUCCUCCACCUCUCUUCACCUGGGCCACAGCUGUGAGGAUGCCUGGUUUGAGAGGCUGUCUGCCUAACUGCCUUUCAGCAUGAGAGAAAAACCACAAAAGACAGGAAAACGAAUAAAUGAGACACCCCCAAUACACAAACACUGACGAGUGGGAGGUAACAGAGACUGCAACCAAGACCCAAGCUCUCAAGGCAUUGGUGGAUGAACCCCUCAAGUGUGACCUCGAAGAGAUUCAACCAGAAAUGUUUUAACUGAUAAGAAGAACCUGUGUUUAUUUUGUGUUAUUUAGAAAAGGUCUCAUAGGAGAGAGAAAAUUGCUUAUGGGAUUCUGAGGGGGAUCGGGGGAAUGAGUAGGGGAAGGAUCAAAGGGAGGAUCAUGAUGGGUGCGUGGGGAAGGAACAGGGAUGGGACAAUGGGGAGGAGAAAGAAGGGGGCUGGUCGUAGGCAGGCAGCGCUUGCCCGGCUGGUGCUUCAUCCCCGUGGCCUGUCCUGCCUUCUCAUUAAAUUC